AGUAAAAGCAUGUUUGUGCAAGGAGCAAUAUAAUUAGAAAAUGCCAGGCAAGGGAGGUGUAGCCUGGGGGUUGGGACUGUUCUCUACAUGUUUUGGAUCUGCCUUUAUGGCCGCUAGGGGGCAGCAUUAUCCCUGGCUGAAGGUGUUCUGAACACUUCACCAGUGUGUGCCCAACUCUUCACCCAGAAACCUUAAGGUCUCUGAGACGUGUCCUUGGAGACAGACUAAGCUUCAAGUUGGACGCUAUUUCUGCCCACCAGGGUCUGGAUGCCCUUUAUCCAUUAGAUGCAGGCCUUUCCUUUUGAAAAUUAUUCAGCAAAGUAUUUAACAAGUUGUGCUGUGGCUGCCUCGUCUCAAUGGCUUUGUUUCAGUCCUGGAGUGGACAGUUUUAAACAUCUGCCCCAGGUGAACUUGGGGAAUGAAAACUGUUUGGAGGAGUGAGAACUAGAGGCAAAUCUCUUGAUUCUGCAGAUGGUAAGACUGGAUGACCCAGUCAGGACUGGCUAGCUAAGCAGAGCCCCCAUGGAGUGCCUGUGUUUUGUUUUGGUUUAUUUUUUUUCAGCCUCACAGUUUCUUCUGGUUUGCAGCAUGUGCAGGCUUGCCUGAGUAAAUGUACAUUGGCCAAGCCAGUGUUGUCAGAAUAAAUGCCAGACUAAGCAGAGCUUAGUGGUCUGUUUCCAGGAGCCCAGACACCCAUGUCUCUGGUCUUGGAUCUGCAGCUCCCAGGUUUGUGUGGGACCCAACUACAAACCUUCAGAACACCUGCUGGGUGAAGUUAGCAAUAAAUUGAGUCUGUCUUGUGUGGUGGAGUGAGUACCCAUCAUUUCCAAUGUAUUUCUGCCAGGGCGGGACAAAAUUGGCCCCACCUGGUCCUGGCUUUUGAUUAUACCCUGUUCCUUUGCCUUCACUAUAGAUGGUUGGCCUUACAAGACAAUGGUACAUACUGGCAACAACUUUCGAUUUUGCCUCCUAUUUGAUUAAGGAAAAAAUGCCUUAAACCUUCACUGUCACUAAGGUCCUGUGUAUGUGGAAGUCAGCCUUGCCCAAGAGCUCUGCCUGCUGCUUUCUGCAGCCUGGUGUCUGUUCUAGCCCUAAGCACUGUGGGCUGAUACCUCUGGCAGCAGAUUGCCGGUGAGAUUCCUAAACCAUUGCUACAUUUCUGACCAGUGGGGGUAGCGGUAUUAUUUGUGCCCCAGCUUAAAUUCUUAGGUACAGCCCUAAGGAUAUGAUCCAAGACUCCAGCCCAGCCCCACUAGUUUCUUCUGGCUGAACUGUCAAGCCCUGUUGACAGUCUAGGUGUCUCCCCCUUUAGGUCACUUGCCCCUGGUAGGGUAGAUUUGUGGAGUCUGUGAGGUCUAACCACAUGUGUCCACAAGGCUGGGUCACCAAAGAAGACAUUACCACAAAUAAUGAACAGGUUUGACUACAUUCCCAAUGGUCCUGGGUUCCCACAGUAACAGACCCACCUUGAGAAGCUGGGAACUAGGCCAUAAAGGGAUGCUGAGACCUCUGGUUCUGGGACAGCACUUCCUUUGGGACACGAAGGACAGAAUUCAGGCCUGUACAUGGAGACUGGUGCAUCAGGACCCUCCUACAGGACGCCAAAGGAUCAGUCAAGUAGACUUCUUGCUUGCUGUCACUUGGUCACCUGGGCCUAGAUAUCCACCUACCUGUUCCUACCUGCAUUUCCUUUCCCGGUGAGGCCUCAAAAGCUUGGUAGAGCUGGCAGAGAUUUUGGAAAAUGUCAGCUCUCACAGAGUGGUCCCGGGACCACACUGGCCCUCCCUAGGGCUUUCAGUUGCCCUGGAAGUCAAAGGGUCCCCACCUUCUGAAGUUUUGGGCUUCCAAGUAACUUCCCCUUCAAAAGUCAUCUUCCUCCAGUUAGGCUCCACCCAAUUAGCACUCCCCCGCUCUGGUAGGACUAGAAGGCAAGCUCUUGGUUUCUCCACCAGGACUAGGAGCUUGUAGAGUUUCAUGUACCGUCUCCAGCUCCUGUUAAUUUGGUCCACAUUUAUGGGAGAUGCAAAGCUACCCAGAAGCUACUGGGGAAGAGCCUCUGUUACUCCAGACUGCUCUGGAGACUGGUUGCUGCCAGCAGGAUACUGGUACAGAGGUGUACACAUCUCUCCUCGCCCAGCCUGCCCCGCCCCACCCCGCCCCAUGACUUAGCGAUUGGCCAGCCCUGAUCUCUGGGAAGGGCUCUCAGAAGUAACCACACUGACUCUCAGAAGUCAGUGCUCAAGACAGUACUUUGUGGAACCUCUAGGGUUAGUGUCCUCAAGAUCCCAUCAUGCUUGGCCUCUGGCUACUCAGCGCCCUGUGGACACCAGUCGUAGCUCCUGGACCCCCUUUGCCCCAUGUGAAAGAGUAUGAGGUGGUAUGGCCUCGGCGCCUGACUGCGUCCCGCUCCCGCAGAGACCUGCCCUCCCACUGGGGCCUGUACCCAGAGAAUCUGAGCUAUGCUCUUGGGACCAAAGAACACAUGUUCACCCUGCACCUUCGGAAGAACCGGGACCUGCUGGGUUCAAGCUACACAGAGACCUACUCAGCUGCCAAUGGCUCCGAGGUGACAGAGCAGCUACAUGGGCAGGACCACUGCCUCUACCAGGGCUAUGUGGAAGGGUACCAGGGCUCAGCGGCCAGCCUUAGCACCUGUGCUGGCCUCAGGGGCUUUUUCCGAGUUGGGUCCACUGUCCGCUUGAUUGAGCCUCUGGAUGGUGAUGAAGAGGGGCAGCAUGCGAUGUACCAGGAGAAGCACCUGCAAGAGAAGGCUGGGACCUGUGGGGUCAGCGACACUAGCCUGGAUGACCUAGGGCCUCGGGCCUUAGAAAUCUACAGCUCUCAGCCCCGGAACUGGUUGAUACCCAGAGAACCCCGCUAUGUGGAGUUGUAUGUGGUCACAGACAGCCAAGAGUUCCUGGAGCAGGGGAGCAGAGAGGCCGUGCGUCAGCGUGUGUUGGAGGUGGUAAACCACGUGGACAAGCUUUAUCAGGAGCUCAAUUUCCGUGUGGUCCUGGUGGGCCUGGAGAUCUGGAGCAGAGACAAGUUCUACAUCAGCCGCUAUGCCAAUGUAACACUGGAGAACUUCCUGAACUGGAGGGAACAGAACUUGCUAGGGCAGCACCCACAUGACAACGUGCAGCUUAUCACAGGGGUUGACUUCAUCGGCAACACUGUUGGACUGGCUAAGGUAUCUGCCCUGUGUUCCCGGCACUCAGGAGCUGUGAACCAGGAUCAUGCCAAGAACCCCAUUGGUGUAGCAUCCACCAUGGCCCAUGAGCUGGGCCACAACUUGGGCAUGAACCAUGAUGAGAACAUCCCAGGCUGCUACUGCCCUGUACCACAUGAGGGUGGCGGCUGCAUCAUGACCCAAAGCUUUGGCCACAAGUUGCCAAGGAAAUUCAGCAGGUGUAGCCAGGUUGACCUGGAGUCCUUCGUGAUGAAGCCCCAGACAGGCUGCCUGACCAAUGUCCCAGAUGUCAACCGGUUCGUGGGUGGCCCUGUGUGUGGAAACCGAUUUGUAGAGCAUGGAGAGCAGUGUGACUGUGGUACACCUCAGGACUGUAAGAACCCCUGCUGCAAUGCCACCACUUGCCAGCUAGUCAAGGGGGCAGAGUGUGCUUAUGGUGCCUGCUGUCGUGAGUGCAAGGUGACGCCGGCUGGUGAGCUGUGUCGUCCCAUGAAGGACAGAUGUGACCUGGAGGAGUUCUGUGAUGGCCAGAAGCCAACAUGCCCUGAGGAUGCUUUUCAACAGAAUGGCACACCCUGCCCGGGGGGCUACUGCUUUGAUGGGAGCUGCCCCACACUGGCACAACAGUGCCAGGAUCUCUGGGGGCCAGGUGCCCGGGCUGCGUCAGACUCCUGCUUUACCUUUAGCAUCCCUUGGGGCUGCAGUGGCAAUAUGUAUGCUGGCAAAAUGAACCGAUGUGGGGUGCUGUACUGUGAGGGAGGCCAGAAGCCCCUUGAACGUGCCUCCUGCACUUUCUCCUCCCACUAUGGAAUCUGCCACGCUCUCCGCACAGACAGCAACACUGAAACCUAUGAGCUGGUACUCCAGGGCACCAAGUGCGAGGAGGGGAAGGUUUGCAUGAAUGGACGCUGCCAGGACCUCCGUGUAUAUAGAUCUGAGAAUUGCUCUGCUAAGUGCAACAACCAUGGGGUAUGCAACCAUAAGGGAGAGUGCCACUGCCAUGCGGGCUGGGCCCCGCCCCACUGUGCACAGCUGCUGGCAGAUGUACCAGCUGGGCGAGCAGCAUCUGGGAGCCUUCCAGUUGGUGUGGUGGUGGCUUUGGUGAUCCUGGUGGCUGCGAUGGUCAUCCUGGCAGGUGUCUUCUUCUACCGAAAGGUCCAGAGCCAAGUCCAGAGGAGGAGUGUGGCACCCAAGCCCACCACAGGGCUCUCCAACCCCCUAUUUUACAUGAGGGACAGCAACCUGCCAGAUAAGAGAAGGCCUCCAGGCACCCCAGAGGUGGUUUGUACCAACCAGCCCCCGAGACCUACAGUGACACCAAAGAGGCCGCCCCCUGCACCUCCAGCUCCUGUGUCCAGUCCACCACUUCCAGUUCCAGUUUAUACUCAGCAGCUUAGACCUGUUCCGCCUACCAAGCCCCUCCCAAAGCUGAAACCGAAGCAGGUCAAGCCAAACGUUGUACCUCCAACACCACCAGUCAAGCCUGGGACUGGAGGGACCACGCCUGAAAUGACUCAGGUCAAACCAAACGUUGUACCUCCGACACCACCAGUCAAGCCUGGGACUGGAGGGACCACGCCUGGAGUGACUCAGAGAGCUGCUGGUCCAAAAGUUGCUCUGAAGGUCCCUGUCCAGAAGAGGUGACCAGCUAGGGCACCCCACGGCCACUGCAGGCUUGUGGAAGUUCGGAGAUACCAGUGCUCCUAUGAACAUGCUCCUUCAACAACAGCCCCCACUCAGGCUGGACCUGCAGUCCAGCUGUUCCUACCUCAGGAAUAAUCUCAGUGUGGCUCUUACUGUCCAGCUGCCCACCUGAACCAGUGUCCUCUCACUGGCCUUGGCCAGCGUAGGCCACGUGCCUGCAGUUGCUAGGCUGGGGUGACAUCACCUGCAGUGAGCGAGUGUACCUGUCUUCUGGUGUGGACAGGGUGCCAGGAGCCCCCCUCCCAGCAACUUCUGCAUCCGUCCUCACCUAGUGACCCCUCCCCAAGGCCGGGGCAGAUUUGCACAGUUCCUGUGUCUCCUACAUCCCAGUCACGUAGGAGACGUAGGGAGGAAAAGCCGACGUGGGGGAGAGGUUGUAUGGGACCAGAAUCGCCUUCAUUUCCGGGACUGGGACAGAAUGGUUGUCUAACUUACUGCUAAACACUAGUCAUUAAUAAAGAUUUUAUUUUAUCACUAGA